GCGGUGCCAACAACGGCAGCACACAAUACGGUGACGCUCCUGAUAAGUGCUAUUGAAUCUUCAUACCACCCACCGCCCGUCGACGCUCGGCGUCGUGUGGCAAACGCUAUAUUUCAUGGCGCGCCGAAACGUGUGCUGUGCAGAUCCGUAUUAACUCUCAGCUCUCUCAUUUUGUGGGUAACUUUCGCAGUUCCAUUUGAUCAGCCAAGAGCUUCUCUCUGUAAAUCAGUCGGUCGAGCGACGCUGUGCAGUGAAGACGUGUUCUCUCGCAUUUCCUUUACUUUCGUGUAGUUCGCCUUUCCGAGAGACUCUUCUGUGUGCACACCAAGGAGUUUUGGUCGCUUUUUUCAAGUGAAUUUAUUUCUUUGGUGAAUUUGGUGAGACGCGCACGACAUCCAGAAGGAAUUCCUCUGAGUGAUUUUUUGUCGCGUGUGCUUGGAAGACAACCCCUCGGGAAUAUCAACCCUCGUGGAUUUCCUUCAACCCCGUCCCACGCAGAUUCAACUUGCGGAGUUGUGCUUUUCUUUUCUUUAUUUUCAGAAACAGCUAUCUGGGUGCACUCCUUUGGGGAUUCUCCAUUGUGUGGUGCACAUAGUGAGGAAAAUUAUAAACUCAUCUGACUAAAAGACACCACCCCCCGAAAGUUUUCCCACUCUCAAACAAUUAAUCAGUUGUUUGAAGUGAAAAUUCCACGGUGAAAUUGUUGAAUUUGUGUGAAGUGAAACUUGCGCUUUGGGGGAGGAAAAGUGCAAGAAAAGUAUGAAAAGUUGAGCAAAUAGUUGUUCCUGUGCAGUCCCUUGAGAAAAUGACAGCCAAACGUGAAAAGGACUACGGAACGAAAACGAGUAGCAAAACAGGAUCAGAUCUCAAUUCAAACGCUAAAGGAGGUUCAGUUGGCUCCCUGCCUGCAAAUUCGGCAUCAUCACCAGCAAUUGGAUCAUCACCUUCGUCGGACACACUAAAGCGCACAAACAAACCCCUAAUGGAGAAACGAAGGCGUGCAAGGAUUAAUCAGAGUCUCGCCAUACUUAAGGCUCUCAUCCUUGAAUCUACGAAGAAUAAUGGAAAGAAUGCAGAGGGACAACCAAAGCAUACAAAGCUAGAGAAGGCAGAUAUUCUUGAGUUAACAGUCAGGCACUUCCAGAGACACCGAAACUUGGAUAAUCCUGCCAUCGAUAAAUAUCGUUCUGGUUAUACGGAUUGCGCAAGGGAGGUGGCAAGAUAUUUAGCUACCCCAGAACCACCGCCUUUGCCAAGUGUUCCAACUCUAACGGAUGCUGGCUCCAAAGCUAGGCUACUCAGGCACUUGGAUCAGUGCAUUGCAGAAAUUGAUACGGAAAUUUGUCCCAUCACUCAGACAAAUCCUCUUCCACCCGCUGGCACUGAUGCAAAACUCAACAACUACUUUGGCUCAAUGGAAAGUCUAAAGAAAAAUUCUGAUCCAAAUACAAUGGACUACAGCAGCCAGGAUUCAACUAAUCCUAUCGAUUUCAGCAAGAACAGUCGUUAUGAUCUUCCCGAAAGUGAUCGCACAGGAAUGGCUACAUUUGCUGCAUCCGUUACUCCUCGCGACAUCCAAGAUGAGAACAACAACAGAGGCAAUCGCCAGACGCCAGAUUCCAAUUCCGCCCUCAACAAUAUUGAAGAUAUGAUUGAAACAAACGAAAUCGCAACAACGUCCACAUACGGAAGCUUUUCAGGAGGUAAGCUGCAUCCAGCCACAGCUGCUCAAAAAUUAAUUGGAGGCAAAGGACAGAAAUUUCCAAAAGGCCCAAAUGGAACUAUAUCUCCCAUCAAUGUUCCACCAAUGGUGAAUGGGGUUAAUCCCCUUGGAAUGCCACCUGAUGGAGCACUAAUAGCACCAGAAAUUGCAGAAAAGGAAGGACACGUAGAUUACGUCAAGUCUGAAUCUUUGAAUGGUCAGUAUCAUCAGAUGAGACUACCUGAUGGGCAGAUGGUCCUCUUGCUUCCACCCCACUAUGUCCAACUUGCCGCGGCUCUUGGCUUAAAUUCUCAAGCCAUGAUGGAUCCCGCUGCUAUGACGGAUUUUGAGAAUCUCAUCGAAUUGAAUCGAAAACAGCAGCAACUUAAUCCUGCUGAAGCUGCCAACAUCCCCGAGGCUAUCUACUGGGAGCACUAUCGAAAGUCCAUGAGUCUUGCACAUCAGAUCACCGAGAAAGCUUCCAUGGGAGAUUGUAGAAGUCUCGAAGCUCGAUCCCCAGUUAAAGUCACCGAUUCCCCAUCCUUGCCACCCCUUCCUGGACCCAUGGCCAGUGGUGGCAAGGAGUAUGGUGACAUGGAAGUUGAUGAGGCAGAAAAUAUUGAGGAUAAAAUCCCAAUUGCACUCACAACGUGCAAGGCAAUCGAGAAGAGUGAGGAUAAAGUGGACGAACGAAAGUCUCCGCAAUUUGAGGUUCAAAAUCAGAAUAAUCAGAAUCUCCUAAAUGAGAAUGUUGAGUCUCGAAGCUCAAACGGAAGUGACGACAUGUGGCGGCCAUGGUAAUUUUCUUCGUCUCCAUGCAUAGUUCGAUUCGAAAGCAUCGAAUGCAAACCCCAAUGAUCUCCAAUUUUAAUUUAUUUAUGUAAAAUGUAAAAUAGCUCCCCAGCAGAAUAGAAGAAGAAAACAUUGUAGUGUUUUAGCAUUUAGGCAUUAAAACUUACUAAAUAAAUGCUUUAAAUACUCGUAUGAUGUAAAAUAGUGCAAUAAGGAUUACAAUAUAGAUCACAAGUGGAUGUUUAAUAUUUUUACUAAAAAAACCUACCCUUGCGUCUCACGAAGACUUUCAUUGCACUUUGCAUUUAAAUGUGUAUUUUGAGAUAAAUGUGCCAAAAAAAUGAAUUAAAAAAAAUUAAGAAAUUAGUGUCCACCCCCGAGUAAAUUCACUGAAAACUUUAUUUGUUAAACAAGAGUUAUAUAUAAAAUAAAAAUACAUAUACUUACAAUUAAAAAAAAA